AGCUUCGAAAAAGUAAACUUUGCAGAUAACCUCAAUAUUUUAUGUAAUAAUUUUUAUUUAAGCUCAAGUUACAUAUUUUCUUAAAAUAUUUACAUAUUGCUAUCAAUAUGACGGUCUAUUUAUCCAGAAUUGUGUGUAAUUCAGUGCGUACUUCUUAUAUAAAAUGUUUGAAUAUGCCGGAGCAAAUGUCGCGGCAGUGUAGGUUUUUCUCGAUAAAGAGAGAUUCAUUUAACUUGCCCCGUGUUAUAAUAGCGAGGAAAAGCUCCAGCGAUGCUAUUCACCCUACCGUAGCCUUAGAAAACUCGAGUAUACCGUUGAAAAAGAAGAUAAUACACAAGAAGGCUGAUUUAGAUGAUCUGACGAAGAAGGAAGGUCAUUACCUAACUCUGGCGUACGUGACUGCAAACAGCUAUGACCUGAAGGGUUUGAAAGAGGCCCUGGUGCAGCAGAAGCUCUACGAACCGGCCACGCUCCAAGCACAAGAGGUGGGCGAUGUGGUGAUAGCCAAUGCAGUGUACUCCGUUGGCUCGGAGCCAAGACAGAUCAUAUUCUUCCGUGAAGGUGCCGUGGUGUUCUGGAAUUGUACUGAACUGGAGGCCAGCAAUGUGUUAGACUUGGUUCGCAGGUUUGAAGUAGACAGCUACCCAAGAGACGUGGUUGAAAAGGAAAGAGAAGUCAUGACCUACUGCUAUCAACCAAAUGCGAAGAAAUGCUACCUACAAGAAGAAGGGUUUGUGCUGGUGCCUCACAAGGAUAACUUAUUGGAGAAGUUCACAUUCAGCCACGCCAUGACCCAGUCGGCCAGGCUGGGGGCCUGGGAGUCGCGGCUAGAAGCCCUAGCGGCGGCAGUCAGGCAACACUCCUCGUUGAUGGAGAGGCAUGGAGCAGCCAACGUGGAUAAGAAAGAGAUCGUCCGCAAGCUAGGCGAGCUGUUCUCCUUACGGCACCAGCUGAACGUGGAGUCAGAUUUGCUGGACACGCCCGACUUGUACUGGGAGCAGGAGCAGCUCGAGCGGAUCUACUCCAGCACCGUGGCCUGCUUCACCAUCGCCCGGCGGACACGGGUCCUCAACGAGCGUCUGGCCCACUGCGUGGAACUCCUCGAGCUGGUCUCCCAGUGGGCGGCAGACAGGCACCACGUGCGGUUGGAAUGGAUGAUCAUCGCGCUCAUCCUGGUGGAGGUGUGCUUCGAGCUGCUGCACUUCUUCGAGAGGUACGCCGUCAGGGAAGACAGCGGCUAGUGGCUGCUGCUGGCUUGCUGUGGCUAGCUGGCUAGUAGCUGGAUAGUAGCUGGCUAGCUAGUCAUCUGGAGUGGAUGAUCAUCGCGCUCAUCCUGGUGGAGGUGUGCUUCGAGCUGCUGCACUUCUUCGAGAGGUACGCCGUCCGCGAGGACAGCGGCUAGUGGCCGCUGCUGGCUUGCUGCGGCUAGCUGGCUACUAGCUGGAUAGUAGCUAGUGGCUGCUGCUGGCUUGCUGUGGCUAGCUGGCUACUAGCUGGAUAGUAGCUGGCUAGUAGCUGGCUAGGUAGUAGCUGGAUAGUAGCUAGUGGCUACUGCUGGCUUGCUGCGGCUAGCUGGCUACUAGCUGGAUAGUAGCUAGUGGCUGCUGCUGGCUUGCUGUGGCUAGCUGGCUACUAGCUGGAUAGUAGCUGGCUAGUAGCUGGCUAGGUAGUAGCUGGAUAGUAGCUAGUGGCUACUGCUGGCUUGCUGCGGCUAGCUGGCUAGUAGCUGGAUAGUAGCUGGCUAGCUAGUCAUUUGGAGUGGAUGAUCAUCGCGCUCAUCCUGGUGGAGGUGUGCUUCGAGCUGCUGCACUUCUUCGAGAGGUACGCCGUCCGCGAGGACAGCGGCUAGUGGCUGCUGCUGGCUUGCUGUGGCUAGCUGGCCAGUAGCUGGAUAGUAGCUAGCUGGCUACUAGCUGGAUAGUAGCUAGUGGCUGCUGCUGGCUUGCUGUGGCUAGCUGGCUACUAGCUGGAUAGUAGCUGGCUAGUAGCUGGCUAGGUAGUAGCUGGAUAGUAGCUAGUGGCUACUGCUGGCUUGCUGCGGCUAGCUGGCUAGUAGCUGGAUAGUAGCUGGCUAGCUAGUCAUUUGGAGUGGAUGAUCAUCGCGCUCAUCCUGGUGGAGGUGUGCUUCGAGCUGCUGCACUUCUUCGAGAGGUACGCCGUCCGCGAGGACAGCGGCUAGUGGCUGCUGCUGGCUUGCUGUGGCUAGCUGGCUAGUAGCUGGAUAGUAGCUAGCUGGAUAACUGGCUUGCUAGCUAGCAGCUGUUAAUCAGCUGGCUAGCAGCUGUUAAUCAGCUGGCUAGCAGCUAGUAAUCAGCUGGAUAGCAUCAAGUGACUAGCUGGCUAGAUAGAUGGCUUGCUAUCUGGACAGUGACUACUGAGUAGCUGGCUAGCAGCUAGUGAUAAACUGGAUAGCAGCUUGCUAUGGUUAGCUAGCUAGUAGCUGGAUAGUAGCUAGCUAGCUAACUGGCUUGCUAGCAGCUAGUCCAUGACUACUAGUUAGUUACUAGGCUUGCUAGUUAGUGCCAGGCGUGCUGGCUAGCAGCUAGUGAUCAGUUGGAUACCAGCCAGUGAUUAGCUGGAUAGCAGGAUAGCAGCUAUUGAUCAGAUGGAUAGUAGCUAGUGAUCAACUGGAUAGCAGCUACCGAUCUGCUGGAAUAGCAGUCAGGGAUCAGCUGGAUAGCAUUCAGUGUUCAGCUGCAUAGCAAUUAGUGAUCAACUGGAUCAAUAUAAAUAUACAUGCGAAGCAGCUGGUUUACAGGAAUUACAGGCUAGCAAUUAAGCUAGCUAGCUAGCAGCUACACUGCAGUGAAUACACACGAGUUCAAACAACAUUCAAGUCAUGAUAUUACACUCAAGAAGUAACUUGAGUAUUUCAUAGGUUUGAUAUUCUACUAAUCAUAGGUUUUUGCUUCAAUUUAAAUCUAGUUUUAACACUAAAUAUAGAACAAAAGUUCUUAUAUUGUAAUCAAGCAGGUUGUAAAGUAAAUGUAGUUUAGAAGUGUUGUAUGUAUGUAAAUAUAGAUUGUCUGGGCUUGUAUAUUUGUUAGAAUGAUCAAACUGUGAUAACUAAUCUUAUAUCGGUUUCAUUAUGACAUUAUGUAGUGCUGUCACAAUUUAUAUUUGUAUUGUGUAUAAAUUAUAAUACUAAUUAUAAAUGCAUAAGUUGUAGCAUUUAACAAGUAUUUAGUAAAAGUGUAUGGAAAAUGUAGUUUUUGGAAUGAAUAAGACUUGAAUACCAAAUAAAAUGCUAUUGUUAAAAAUAUAAGUAAUUUAAGCUGUGUAGCUUAUUAUGGUUUAAAUAUGUAUUUAUUUUAUGUAUUCGUAUUUUACUUAUGGUGUUGGUUUUGGUUGUUCUGUAGUUUUAUUAUAAAUCACUGAAAUAUUUUAUUGCUUGCCAUUUGAUUGUAUGUAAUGAUUAUAUUGUAACUAUUUAUGUAUAAGAAUUUACAUUAUAUCCUAUUUUUGUAGCAUUUUGUGUACAUAGUGCAUUUAUGUAUUUAUGGGUUAUUAGUUGUAUGUUGAUUUGAAUGAAAUAAAUGUAUUGAUUACGA